AAGGGCUCCGGCAAGCCAAUCAAAAGUUCAACAGUCCAAACAAUAGAAGUAGCUCAAGCAACCACCCAACCUUUUAGUAGAAUGGCACUCUCUACAUGCUUCGCAUCCACCGCAUGUCAUGCCGGGAGCAAAGGUUGGGUGGUGGCAAGUCAAGUCCGUUCCCAACCUACGACGAGGCGAUCGGCAAAUUAUCAGCCUAGCUCAUGGGACUAUGACUCCCUUCAGUCUUUGAGGGGUGGCGACUUGAACGGGACACACACGACACACUUGGAAAAGUUGAAGGAGAACACGAGGCACUUGCUAUCCAAGGAGGCUGAACCAGUGGCUCGACUUAAGCUGGUCGACGUCCUGCAGCGUCUUGGUGUGGGUUAUCACUUUGAGGAGGAGAUCAAGGAUGCCCUUGGCUCGAUGCCCAUUGAGAGGGCAAACACAUUGUUCAAAGACGACAUCCACUCCAUGUCUUUGCUAUUUAGACUGCUUAGAGAGCACGGGUUUCCUGUUUCCCCAGACAUCUUCAGUAGCUUGAAAGAAGAGAACGGUAACUUCAAGGCAAGCCUUCUCAGGGACACUCAAGCAUUAUUAUCCCUACAUGAGGCUUCAUAUCUUGCUUUUGAAGGAGAAACACUGCUGGAUGAAGCAAGAAUUUUCACAACUAAAUAUCUCAGCGAUCUCAAGCUACAGAUGGAUCCACACCUUAAGGGAAAAGUUUCUCUAUCUUUGGAUCUUCCUUUGCACUGGAGGACUCCAAGGUUGGAAGCAAGAUGGCACAUAGAUCAGUAUGAAAGAGAUGGAAACAUGGACCAUAUGCUUCUUCAAUUUGCUAAGGUCGAUUUCAACACAGUGCAAAGCAUACACCAAAGUGAAAUUAGAAAACUGACAAGGUGGUGGAAAGAUGUAGGCCUUGGGGAUAAAUUGAGCUUUGCUAGAGAUCGAUUGAUAGAGUACUUCUUCUUUGCAACUGGAAUUGUAUUCGAGCCGCAUCUUGGAUAUUGUCGAGAGGAACUUACUAAAGCAUUUGCUUUGGUAGCAAUUAUAGAUGAUUUCUAUGAUAUUUACGGAACACCGGAAGAGCUUAACCUUUUCACCAACGCCGUCCAGAGGUGGGACUCCAAUGCAAUGGAAGGCUUUCCAGAGUAUAUGAAAAUCUUGUAUUCAGCUUUGUACAACACAACCAAUGAAGUGGCGGAUCACAUACAUAGAGAAGAGGGCUGGGAUGCCCUUCCUUAUCUCAGAAAAGCGUGGGAGGACCUAUUCAACGCCUUCCUAACGGAGGCAAAGUGGCAUUACAACGGCUACAAACCAGCCCUCGAGGAGUAUCUAAACAAUGCUCGGAUGUCAGUGUCAGGCUGCGUCCUAUUAGUCCAUGCUAGCCUCUUAUCAACGCAGAGACUAACCAAGGAGGCAUUGCAGUGCUUGAAGACCUAUCCAAGCCUCUUCCUGUCCUCAUCCGAGAUCUUUCGUCUUUGCAAUGAUUUAGCCACUUCUUCGGCAGAGUUAGAGAGAGGUGAUACUCCAACAUCCAUCCAAUGCUACAUGCAAGACAAUGGUGUAUCCGAGGCAGUUGCUCGCAAUGGCAUUCAAGAUUUAAUCAUUAAUUCAUGGAAGAAGCUGAACAAAGAAGCUGUUGAUUGCCAUCCACUCCCUCGAUACAUUGCUAAUGCAGCCAUAAAUCUUGGACGGAUAUCGCAUUGCACAUACCAUAAGGGAGAUGGCUUGGGUGCUCCAGAUCAAGAGAAGAAGAAUAUGAUCAAGUCCCUGUUUUUUGAUCCUGUAGCACUCAAAGGAGGCCAGGAUUCUUUAGGGCUUCUUGAUGAUAGGUUUGUGGUCAGCAAUGUGUAGAAGGAAAUUUUGGUAACAAGAUGAUAUAAUUUCUGUAAUUUGUAAAUAAUCUUGUGCGUGGCUGGGGCUAUUAUCCCUUUUCUUAAAAAAUAGAAAGAAAGAAAGAAAGGAAAAAGAAAAGGGAAAUAACUACAUGUGUCAUUCUGAAGGGGAUUGAGCUACCCAUGCCAAGCUAAGAAGGCUUUUGCUGUUGGACCUUAAACCAGAAAAAUGAAAAGGAGAGUAUUUGAUGAUUA